AUGGCCGAGCCGUUGGAAAAGAUGGCGGAGAAGGCGCCGAAAAGUGUGAAAAUUGCUCCAGGGGCUGUUGUCUGUGUCGAAAGUGAAAUCAAGGGAGAUGUGACCAUUGGGCCCAGGACGGUGGUUCACCCCAAAGCACGGAUAGUUGCGGAAGCAGGACCCAUCGUGAUUGGGGAAGGUAACCUCAUUGAAGAACAGGCGGUGAUCAUAAAUGGCUUUCCUGAGAACAUCACACCCGACACGGAAGACUUGGUACCCAAACCAAUGAUCAUUGGCACCAACAAUGUGUUCGAAGUUGGCUGUUAUUCGCAGGCAAUGAAAAUAGGAGACAACAAUGUCAUUGAGUCCAAAGCAUUCGUGGGUCGGAACGUGAUCUUGACCAGCGGCUGCAUCAUCGGUGCUUGUUGCAACGUUAACACCUAUGAGGUCAUCCCUGAGAACACAGUCAUCUACGGGGCCGACUGCCUUCGCCGAGUGCAGACCGAGAGGCCGCAGCCACAAACAUUGCAGUUGGACUUCCUAAUGAAAAUACUGCCCAACUAUCACCACCUGAAGAAGACCAUGAAAGCAACCUCUACUCCUGUGAAGAGCUGAAGACUUCCUUGCAUGAUUGCCAAAAUCGCCACAGGGACGCCGCCUCCU